AUGGCUACCGUCGAUCUCGGUAGCGUUAGACUUUUCAGUUUUUGUUUUCUUGCAAGGGAAAGGCUAUUCGUCACCGGGAAGAUCGUCCUUGUAAUUAAAGCCAAUGAUCAAGAAGCAGCCAAGAAGAGACUCUAUUUCCAAUUCCAUCCUUCAAUUCUUAGCAAGUUACUUCCAGUAGUUGAAGACAUUGCAGAAGAUAAUCUUGGGGUGGACUCUGAAACAUCACUCAAGAUUAGUGAGGAGAUUGAUAUCAUUAUCAGUUCUGCUGCUACCACAACCUUUGACGACAGCCUAUGGAAUUUCACCGGUCCUUGGAGGAUUUAUUCAGAUGCAUGUCAAAGAGGGAACAACUUGCGAGAAAGGGAGUCAGAUAUUACAUUGAGUAUCAAAGGAAAGAAGAAGCUAAAGUAUUUUGUGGCCAUGGCCAAAUUGUAUGAGCCUUACGCGUUCUUUCAAGCUCCGUAA